AUGCGCAUUCCAAGAAGGAAUCUGUACCAGUUUUGUAACGAGUAUGCUGUUCCAAGGGAUAUAACGGAUAAUGUUAAGAAAGUCACUCCACAGGAUAUAGUUUGUUCCCAGAAAAAUGGUGGAGUUAUGUUGAAAGAAGAGGAUGUAGCUGUUAGUAAUGUCAAAAUUGAUUUGACUCGCGGAAAGCACAAUCCUCUAGAAAGCAUCCAUUUUUUCAAGGAUUAUGAAAGUGAUGAGAAAUUUACAAUUCCCGAUGAGCGCAUAAGCCACUUGUUGCCUGCAUCUUAUCAAGAUAUGAUUGUAAGAGUAUACUCGAAAAAGCUAGAACUGGAAAAAAAAUUGCAGAGGCAUGGAAUCAAAACACAGGUUUCACAAUUAAGAGGUGAAAAUUCUUCCUUGGUAAAGCGCCUCACUAAUGUAAGCCAAAAGUACACUGAUUCUGCUAUUGACAACAGAGUGCUGAAAGCUGAUGUUGAAACUUUGAGAGCAAAGGUGAAGAUGGCUGAAGAGACUGUCAAAAGAAUUAUUGGAUUGAAUCUGAUGUUUCACAUCAUGCCUGAUAUGUCAUCAAUGGGCAUGCCUUCAUUUGAUGGAAGCCCUUCAUACAAUUCAGCUGAUGCAGUUGUUCCUGUGCAAGACGAUCCACAUCAUCACUUCUACCAACAUGCAUAA